AUGGACAAUUGUGUGGUUUGUUUGUCAACAAAUGCCGAUAUAUUUUCCCGUAUAAAUUUUCAGUCCAGUGAGUGGCAAGAAUGCAGCAUCCAGCGUAUUAUAGAGAAACACUUGUGGUGGUGGUAUAUGAAGCAAACCCCACCUCAGAGCUUACCAUGGAUUUGUCGUCAAUGCUGGCAGGAGUUGUCAUCUUUUCAUACAUUUUAUAUGAAGGUAGAAAAAGUGCAUAAACAAUAUAACCUCAAGAAGUGGCCGGUUUUUAUAGGACUUACUGAGGAAAGAGAAUGUAUUGCUGAUACAAGGAUAUUAAUAAAAGAAGAAUUUAAGACAAUAGACAGCAGUCUAGAAACACUGAAUGAAGACCUGGUGCCUUUAGUCAAAUUUACAAGAAGUGAGAAAAAUUUGCAAUCAUUAGUAAUAUCUGAAAAUAUAGAAAUAAAUGUUAAAGAUGAACAUUUACUUAGUAGUACCGAUGGUGUACAGCAGAAUGCUAAAGAUGAGCUAUUAAUGGAAGAAAUUAGCAAUUGUGGUGAUAGCAACUCGAUAGAUAUUUGGGAGACCUUUAACAAUUUGGAUCAGAAUGAUGUUAAGAACUAUAAAAAGUCAACUAAUGCGAAAAAAGAAAAGUCUAAAAAAGUCCCAAUUAAAGCAAGGAAAGUUCAAAGAGAAUGUGCUAAAAUCCCAAAGAACCAAACAACUGAAUCUAAAAAUGCUGAUUCUUCAGCAAAACUAGAAAUUACCCGAAAAAACGAUGAAUAUUUGGCACAGAGUGAAUAUAAACUUUUUUGUCAUCUUUGCAACAUUCCCCUCAACGAUUUUUUAAAUCUCAAAACACAUUACCGAUUGGAGCACAAAAUACCUGGCUAUGCCAUGUGUUGUAAUAAAAAAUUUUACAAUCGAGGACCACUGGCCGAUCAUUUAAGGGUACACGAGAAUCCAAAUUAUUUUAAAUGUACGCUUUGUGGUCGAAUUUUAGCUCAUCGCAUGAGUUACGAAAAUCAUCUUGAAUUUCACAAACAAUCUAAUGAAACGCGCGAAAGAAUCUUUAGCUGUGAGAAAUGUGAUAAAUCGUUUUUCAAAAAAGCCGUCUAUGAUCGUCACAUUUUGUCACAUGUACCUGAUGAAGAACGAAAAUUUCAAUGUGAUGAAUGCGAUAAAAAAUUUGCUGCCGAAUAUUUGGUUACCCAGCAUAAAGCGUUUGCUCAUCUAAACAAAUAUGGGAAGAUAUGCGAUAUUUGUGGUAAAUCAUUUCGUGAACGUUUCUCCUUUAUGCGCCAUAUGGAUGAACACAGCGGUGCACCACCUUCGAAAGUACCCUGUGAUAUAUGCGGCGUUGAAUUGACCAGUAAAUAUCUGUUGAAUCGUCACAAGAAAAAAAUGCAUACCAAGGAAAAUCAACAAGAACAAAUAUGCCCUUACUGUUCGAAGGUAUCACCCAAUAUGCAUGCUCACCGUCAACAUAUAAACUAUGCCCAUACCAUGGAGCGUAAACAUGCUUGCAACAUGUGCGAGAAGAAAUUCAAACGUCCGCUAGAAUUGAAGGAGCACUUAAGUACGCAUACCGGGGAGCCAUUGUAUACUUGUUCCCACUGUCCCCGCACAUUUAUAUCCAGUGCGAAUAUGCAUAAACACCGCAAAGCAGCGCAUCCCAAGGAAUGGAAGGAAGCAAGAUUAAAAAAAUUAACCGCUCAAAAAUUAAGAGAAUUAUCGAUCAAAGAACAUUUAAAUGCUAGCACUAAAUCAAUUGCAAUAGCAUCUAACCUGCAAAGUUCACAGGAUAAUUCUAUGUUAACACAAUUAAAGGUGUUGAAUUAA